GAUCCUUACUCGUUGCAAUAUGUGAAGGUUGAUGACGCCAUUCGUGCUUUGGUCGAUAUGGACCCCUGGGCGCUGAUGGCAAAGUUCGACGUCCAAACAGCUUAUCGUAAUAUCCUGAUACACCCUGAUGAUCGUUACCUCUUAGGUAUGAAAUGGCGUGAUCGUUUCUACGUUGAUCUCGUAUUGCCAUUUGGUUUGCGGUCGGCCCCGUUUAUCUUCAACUCGGUUGCUGAGGCCGUCGAAUGGAUCUUGGUGCGUAAUUAUGCUGUCAGCCCGCUGUUCCAUUAUUUGGACGAUUACUUAACCAUGGGUCCUGCCAAUUCGUCCAUUUGUCAAUCCCACAUGGAUACCGCCUUUACCGUGUUUGCCCGCUUGGGUCUCCCUUUGCAUUUGCAAAAGUGCGAGGGUUCGUCCACUGUUUUGGUGUUUCUCGGUGUCGAGUUGUAUUCCGUACAGCAGUUAGCUCGUUUGCCCCGUGACAAGGUCGAUCGCAUCCUGCGGCUUCUCCAGUCGUGGUCUCGUAAGAAAACGUGUACGCGUCGUGACUUGGAGUCCUUGAUUGGCUCCCUUCAUCAUGCCUGCCGAGUUGUGGUGCCUGGUCGUACCUUUCUUCGUCGCAUGAUCGAUCUAUUAUGCUGUUUUCGUCAUCGCGACCAUCCCAUUCGCUUGAAUGUUGAGUUUCGUAGAGACCUACAAUGGUGGCUGUCUUUUUUCCUAGAGUGGAACGGAGUGUCCUUUUUUCUUUCACCCGCUGUGUCUCCGUUACCUGAUCUAGUUGUUUCAUCCGAUGCGUCAGGUUCCUGCGGUUUUGGGGCCCUAUGGCACAUGCAGUGGUUUUACAGCUCCUGGUUUUUUCUGCGUUUUCUUUCGUUUGCGCUUACAGGAGUUUCGUCGUGUGGCCCCUCAUUCCGAUCUACUCCCCCUUCCAAUCCCACCGUCGCUGUUGUCGCGCCUGGUACCGCCUGCUUGAUCAACCAGUGUUUUGGUUUCUUGGCCCAAGGUUUGCCUCCAUCCACUCGCCGUGUCUACGCUGCUGGGCAACGCGCCUAUUUCCAGUUUUGUUCGACUUUUGACCCUCCGUCUUUUCCGUCGUCGGAAUGGCUGUUGAUGUUAUUUGCGACCUGGCUUGCUCAGACUCGGAAUUUAGCUCCGUCUUCUGUCUCGUCGUAUAUUGCUGCUGUCCGUUCUUGGCACAUUGACCUUGGCGCACCAGAUCCCACCCGCGGGGCGACCAGAUUGGCCAGAUUGUUACGUGGCAUCCGCCGCUCUCGUUCUUGGCCUGCAUUGACACGUUUCCCUGUUUAA